AGAGAGAGAGAGAGAGAGAGAGAGAGAUGGGGAGAAGACCAUGCUAUGAAAAGGACGGGAUAAACAAGGGAGCAUGGACUGCCCAGGAAGAUGAAAUCCUUUCUAAUUACAUGAACACAUAUGGAAAAGGAAAAUGGAGAGACCUUCCUCAAAGAGCAGGGCUAAAACGUUGUGGGAAGAGUUGCAGGAUGCGAUGGGUGAACUAUCUUAGGCCUGGUAUUAAGAGAGGUAACAUUUCUGCGGAUGAAGAAGAUCUCAUUGUGAGACUACAUAAACUUCUUGGAAACAGGUGGUCCUUGAUCGCUGGAAGAAUUCCUGGGCGGACAGACACUGAGAUCAAGAACUACUGGAACACCCAUUUGAGCAAGAGAUCAUCCUCAGAUCAAGAACUACUGGAACACCAUAAACCUAGUGUUAAUCCGAAAAAUCAACAUAAUGAGAAAGGAUUAAUACCAUCAGAUCAGUCUGACAAGGCUAAGGCGAUUAGACCAAAACCUUUCAAGUGCACAAAGGUUGAUGUGGGCAUCCCAUCGCAUCUUCAAGAUGACCAAGAUCAUCAAAUCAUGGUUGACACAACAAAUAAUAUUAAUUUUGUUAGCUCAGCAGUUCCUGCUGGUUCUUCAUCCAAUGACCUGUUCAUAUUAGACUUGCUAAACAGUACGGAAUUCCAGCAACCUCAAAUGAAGGAAUGGCAAGUGGCUAUGGUGGAGAAUUAUUGGAGGGGUAGCCCUAUUAUUGCUGCUGUCGACCCAUUUCAACCUAAUAUUGAUGGGGAGGUAGCGUUCAAUGCACUUUCAUCUUUUCUGAACAGUGAAGAUUCUCAAUAUUGGAUUAAUUAGCCAACUGACAUAAGCCCCACUUAGACAUGCAAUAAGGGAAAGUGACUAUUAUAUGCAUAUUAUAAAAGAACCCAAAUUGAAAUAUAAUCUGAUGUUUUCCAGAUCACAUUUGUGGCUAUUAGUGAAUUGUUACAAAUUAAUGUGGUUUAGGGUUCGGCCCAAAA